AUGUCCCCGUCCCCUGUUGCAGUCUUCUUUCCUAAUCCCCUCCCAGGCAGAGGUGAGGGGAAGAAUGAGGAGCUGAGUCUUUAUCACCAUCUUUUCAACAACUAUGACCCAGAGUGCCGGCCUGUGAGGGGGCCUGAGGACACUGUCACCGUCAGCCUCAAGGUCACCCUGACCAACCUCAUCUCACUGAAUGAGAAGAAGGAGACUCUCACUACCAAUGUAUGGAUUGGAAUCGACUGGUAUGAUUACCGACUUAACUACAGCAAGGACGACUUUGGGGGCCUAGGAACCCUCCGGGUCCCUUCCGACCGCGUAUGGCUACCAGACAUUGUGCUGGAAAACAAUAUUGAUGGCCAGUUCGGCGUGGCCUACGAUGCCAACGUGCUGAUCUGCGAGGGAGGCCACGUGUCCUGGUUGCCUCCAGCGAUCUACCGGAGCACCUGCGCCGUGGAAGUAACCUACUUCCCCUUCGACUGGCAGAACUGCUCGCUCAUUUUCCGCUCUCAGACUUACAGUGCCAAAGAAGUGGAGUUCAUCUUUGACGUGGGCGACGAUGGCGAAACCAUCAACAAGAUCGAAAUCGACACCGAAGCCUUUACUGAGAACGGCGAGUGGGCCAUCGACUUCUGCCCGGGGGUGAUCCGCCACCAAGACCGUGGCUCCGCAGACCACCCCGGAGAAACUGAUGUCGUCUACACGCUCAUCAUCCGCCGGAAACCGCUGUUCUACGUCAUUAACAUCAUCGUACCUUGCGUGCUCAUUUCAGGCCUGGUGGUGCUGGCCUACUUCCUGCCCGCACAGGCUGGUGGCCAGAAAUGCACUGUCUCCAUCAACGUCCUGCUGGCCCAGACUGUCUUCCUGUUCCUAAUUGCUCAGAAAAUCCCAGAGACAUCUCUGAGCAUGCCGCUGCUGGGCAAGUAAGGACAGAGUGGGUCUUGAGGUCACCCGCGCAGGGGCGGGGCCAGGUGAGCGUGAGGCGGG